AUGCGUCAUCAAAAUCUAGAAGCCACUAUUUGUGAGAUACGUCGCCUUUAUUGGGUACCACGCCUCAGGAGUUUGCUGCGCAGUAUAGUCGCCAAUUGCGCCAUUUGCCGCUUAAGAAAAAUCCAUGACGUAUCGCCAUUGAUGGGCCCUCUUCCGAUUGAUAGAUUAACUCCUUAUGUCAGGCCAUUCAGCUAUACGGGCCUCGAUUACUUUGGACCGAUAACAGUAACUGUUCGCCGCGCCAACGAAAAAAGAUGGGUGGUGUUAUUUACGUGCCUGACAGUCAGGGCUGUGCAUUUGGAGUUGGCUCAUGAUCUCAGCACUGACUCAUGUAUAAUCGUAUUACGCAACUUUAUAAAUCGUCGCGGCGUUCCCGUACGUGUGAGGUCCGAUAAUGGGAAGAACUUCGUCGGUGCUGACAUGGAAGCAAAGCGCUUCAGUGAAGUCUUCGAGUGCAAUCGCCUGCAGGGUGAGCUGUCGCAAAGGGGCGUAGAGUGGAUCUUUAACUCGCCUUUCAACCCGGCAGAGGGGGGCGCUUGGGAACGAUUGGUGCAGUGCGUCAAGAGGGUACUACGAUGCACUUUGAAGGAAACGUCGCCACGGCAGCACACGCUCAACUGCUUCCUAAUCGAGGCGGAAAAUAUUGUGAAUUCUCGGCCGUUGACGCACUUGCCCAUCUAUGUCAACCAGGAGCAUCCGCUGACUCCAAAUGACUUCCUUCUCGGUGAAGCCAACACACCGCGAACUCCGAUUGCCAGCGAAGUUCUGGAAACCAAAUGCUUUCUUCGACAACAGUGGCGUCUUGCUCGACAACUAAGGGACCAUUUUUGGAAACGAUGGAUAGCGGAAUACCUUCCGACAUUGACACGCCGGGUUAAGUGGUGCCAAAGAACAAAACCUCUGCAGAUAGAUGACCUCGUCUUCAUAUGCGACCCCAAUAUAUCUCGUCGGGACUGGUGUCGAGGCAAGGUGGAACGCUUGUAUGCAGCAGCGGAUGGUGAGGUCAGACGAGCUGACGUACGCACUUCGGGUGGAUUAAAGCGCCAUGCCGUCUCCAAAUUGGCAGUUCUGGACGUUGAUGAUGGUGAAUCGGGUUGA